AUGGAGUCAAGAGAGCCACCGCCUCAGCCACCAGCACAACCACAGCCACAUCAUGUACAACCAACGCCACAACAAUUACAAUCACAACAGGCAAACAUGAUUUUGGGGCCCGCCUCCUCCUACUCCCCAACUACUUCCCUUCACCUGAUCAACAACCCCAAUAUCUCUCCUCAAGCUCCUGCUAUUGUUGGUGGUUUCCCCUUCAAUUCGAUGUCAGGCCAGCGGCUGCAAUCCAAGCCUGAAGUUGCUUUUGAUGGAUCUUCGCCCACAUCUUCUUCAGGGAUGAGGUUUAGUAUAGAGUCCUCCAAGAAGAAGCGUGGAAGGCCCAGGAAGUACACGCCUGACGGUAACAUUGCCUUGGGCUUGUCACCCACCCCCAUUCCUGAAGGAAUGUCGGCCGGUCAUGCUGAUUCUGGUGGAGUAGGCGGCAGCGGUGUUACGCCUGAUGUGGCAUCUGAACAUCCUUCUAAAAAGCAUAGAGGAAGGCCGCCAGGUUCUGGGAAGAAGCAGCUAGAUGCCUUAGGCGGGGUUGGAGGCGUAGGGUUUACACCGCAUGUGAUUACGGUGAAAGCAGGAGAGGACAUAGCAUCAAAGAUUAUGGCUUUUUCACAGCAAGGGCCAAGGACAGUUUGUAUUCUCUCUGCAAAUGGUGCCGUCUGCAAUGUUACACUUCGCCAACCAGCAAUGUCUGGUGGUUCCGUGACAUAUGAGAUCCUGAUAAGUGAUGGUAAAGGACAUAUCUCAAACACCAUUCUUUUGCAUGAAUUGAGUGAUGCACUUUUUGAGAACAAUGGUAGUCGGAGCAGAACUGGUGGCUUGAGUGUGUCACUGGCAGGGUCAGAUGGUCGAGUUUUGGGUGGGGGAGUUGCUGGAAUGCUAACGGCAGCUUCUCCUGUACAGGUUAUUGUGGGCAGCUUUAUUGCAGAUGGAAAGAAAUCGAAUUCAAACAUAUCAAAAUCUGGACCUUCCUCAACACCCCUACCCCAGAUGUUGAAUUUUGGUGCCCCAUUAACAACAGCUAGCCCUCCUUCUCAAAGGGGCUCUAGCGAGUCGUCUGAUGAGAAUGGUGGCAGUCCUAUUAAUCGGACUCCUGGAAUUUAUGAUUUGUGGGAUUCUAUUGCCUAUGUUCUUUCUGCUGGUCUACGCAUGAGAGUCGGCUCGGGUGAUACGCUCGGGAAUAAUGAUACUUUUACAUGCUUGGUUUGA